AUGUUCCUGUCUCUAGCUUCAGCUGCGCUGCUUGGAGCAGCCCAGGUUAGAGCUACCUUCAUCCCAACAGUAUCCGGCACUCCACAACUUAUUGGUAACGUGUCAGAUCCUACCAUCGACCGUGACUCUUGCUGUUCUGCAAGAUUUGGAAGUCGAGAACUAUGGACAUGCCGAGACUCGCAGCCAUAUGCCAACGGCGUACCGACGCUACCUAUUUACUCUAGCUCAGCAUCGUGGACCGAAUUCUCCUCUGAUGGUACUCCCCUCAUCCAAUCAUGGACAGAUGCUGCCGGCAACACCGAGACAGGCCUGCUAUGCUCCGGCGACAACUACGAAGAACCUUUCUUCCCUAUCCUGGCUGACGAAUGCGACACAAACACCGCGGGCGCAUGCUCGGACAAUACACGUUAUGUCAUUUGGCCUAACAGUCCGCCCCUCGUGACAAGCGAGGAUGCCACCACCGGCAUCAUCGAGGCUUUCACAUGGAUUACUGAGGCACAUAUUACCGAUGAAUUCGUCACCCUCGUCGCCGAUCCUGCCGCGACGCUGUACCAGAUCACUUACGAUCCAUCCGUCAACGGGGACUCAACCGGUCUGCCGAACGUGACCACCGUACAGGAGAACUUCUGGACAACAGACCAGAUGCCCUACGGCACCUACGGCGGCGUCGUAGUCGACGACGUCGCAUACCUCUAUGGACAAAACGCGGCCGGCACGGUGGCUCUUGCGCAGGUCGCCGUUGGCUCGGUCACCGACAAAUCCGCAUACCAGUAUUACGUGAAUGGCGAAUGGACAAGCACCAUCCCGGGUGUCAACGAUACCGAUAUUGCCAUUGCGAAUGCCGGCGCCGGGGGGCAGGGCACCUUCUACUACUCUAGUGUUUGGGGUCUGUAUGUUUGGAUCGGACAGGCAGGCAUAAGCAUCGCUCCGGAUUUUUAUAUUACGACUGCCGCGUCGCCAGAGGGGCCGUGGACUGAGCCUACUAAUUUCUACUCGGCAGAGUAUGUUACCGAGUCGUAUACGCUGCAGGCACAUCCUGGUUUGUUGGCAAAUGCCUCGGAGAAUGCGAUUUAUUUGACGUACACCGUGAAUCUUGCGGGGGAGUACUACACGCCCUUGAUUUAUGUGCAGUGGGAAUCUUAG